UAAAGACGCCAAAGCCUUCCAAUUGAGCAUCUUUCUGGACCCCUGAACUCGCCUACCACCCUCCUUCAUCUAAAUUCUUCCCUAAAUCUCCCCUCCAUCUCUCCUGCUGCAAACGUCAGGGUGGCCGCGGCCCUGAGGGCUGAGGCUCCCACAGCAGGGCCCCCUUGCAGUAGGAGGGAUUGUGGGUAGACGGCUGGACCUGGGUAUGUAGGACUUUGGCCCCUCAAAGCCAAGUGGCCCAGACUGCGCAGCGAAAUGGAGGCCUGGGGACGACUGACCAUGACCAGGCUGGCCCCGCCGGAGUUGGGGCCCCUGCCUCGUGCCCUGCGGGACCCUGUCGGGGCCUGCAGCUGGCCAGAGACCGGAGACAGGUCCCUGCACAGUGUGGGCUGGGUGUGGGACCAGCUGUUGAGCCUUCGGAGAAUGGACAUACUACUGUUUAAUCAGCUGUGCACUCUGGGCCUAGAGAUCCAGGCGCUUCGGGAAGAGACAGAGGUGGACCAGGAUGGAGGAAGAGGGAGCCUGGGAGCCUCCCCACCAAACUGGCUUAUUCCUGACUUUGAAAUCACUAUCUGAGAACCUGGAGAGCCACUGGAAGGACCUCCUUAUGCCCAACUCAGAGCUUUCAAAACCUCCAUGAGAUUCAAGAAGAUUAGCACACAAGUUUUGAGAUGAAAGAAAAUAUUUAUAGUCGAUGGCUAUUGAGCUCUUGCCCUGGACAAGACAGAUGCCAGUGUAUGCAAAUGAAUCAAAUUACAGAUGACAGAAUAUCGUGAUUAAGAAUAAUAAUAAUAAUGGCACGUAAAUUUUCUGGCAAAAAAAAUAGAUGUUUUUGUUGGUUUAGAUGUUUGCAGGUGAGAAAUGGCAUGAAUGUUUGCUGGUUACAUACAUAUAUUAAUAAGCGAGAGUCAAGGAGACAACUAGGCGGCUCAGUAGAUUGAUAGCCUGGCCUAGAGACAGGACAUUCUGGGUUCAAAGCUGGCCUCAGAUACUGACUGUGUUAUCACGGGUAAGACACUUGUCCGCCAUUGCCAAGUCCUUACCGCUCUUCUGCCUUAGAGCCAAUACCCAAUAUUGACUGUAAG